GGUUGUAAAACAUCUUAAUGCAUUAUUCCCGUUUGUUUCAUCUACAGUUGACUAAAGUGUUUUCGGAUGAUGAGGCCUUGAUAAACAAGAAAGUACCAAGAGAGCUCUUAUUACAUGUUUUUUCAUAUCUGGAUGUGGUAUCGCUGUGUCGAUGUGCGCAGGUAUCUCAGUACUGGCAUGUCUUGGCACUUGAUGGCUCAAACUGGCAACGUAUUGAUCUCUUUAACUUCCAGACAGACAUAGAGGGUCGUGUGGUCGAAAAUAUCGGCAAACGAUGUGGGGGUUUCCUUAAGCAGUUGUCCCUGAGGGGAUGUCAGAGCGUGAAUGACGCAGCCUUGGUCACAUUCGCAGAGAAGUGCAACAAUAUUGAAGAAUUAAACCUGAACUUGUGCAAGAACAUCACAGACACAACAUGCACAGCUCUGAGCAGACACUGUCCACGUCUGGUGAAGCUGGACCUUGACUCCUGUUCCCAGAUCACAGACAUAUCCCUCAAAGCACUCAGUGAUGGUUGCCCCAACUUGGAGUGGAUAAAUGUGUCCUGGUGUGAAAACAUAGCUCAGAAUGGUGUUGAUGCCUUGGCUCAUGGCUGCCCCAAACUUAAAGGUUUUGUUGGUAAAGGAUUGAAAUCCCUCACAGACCCUGCUCUCAUAUCACUUGCUCAGUAUUGUAAAAAUCUUGAACACAUCAACCUUCACAGCUGUUCCGCAAUCAGCGACAGAGGUGUAAUUGCCUUGGCAGAAAAUUGUGUAAUGAUAAGGUACUUGUGUCUGAGCAACUGCACGCAUCUAACAGACACAAGCCUGGUAGUUCUCUCCCAACACUGUACACACCUAGAAACACUGGAGGUGGCUGCUUGCUCACAAUUCACAGAUAAUGGAUUCCAGGCUCUAGCACGGACAUGUCAUGUGCUGGAGAAGAUUGAUCUGGAGGAUUGUGUGCUUAUCACAGAUGCCACACUAAGCCAUUUGGCAUCUGGAUGUCCUCGGCUUGAAAAACUUAGUCUUUCUCAUUGUGAACUUAUAACAGAUGAAGGUAUACGGCACCUUGGGGUAUCCGCUUGUUCUACUGAACACUUAGCUGUUCUGGAACUUGAUAACUGUCCACUUAUCUCAGACGCCUCUUUGGACCACCUCCUCUCGUGCCACAAUUUACAACGCAUUGAGCUCUAUGACUGCCAGCAAAUCACCCGUGCAGGCAUCAAGAGACUCAAGAGCCACCUACCCAAUAUAAAAGUGCAUGCAUACUUCGCCCCCCAGACACCACAGCCUGCAGAGGGCCGUUCAAGGCAACGGUACUGUCGGUGUUGCGUCAUUCUCUGAGGUCACAAAGUUGUGAGGCCUCUAACCAGUUAGUAUCUCCAGGGUGGGAUGGGGUGGGGGGGAGUGGGAAAAUGAUGAUUACAUCAGGUUCAUCAUUCUUUGAAGGUUGAAUAGCGGCUAACAUCAUCGCAGGAAGAGGAAAAGUGGUUAAGCUCCUCUUAGUUGCGAUUAUUUUCUUCCGGCCUGAGAUGUUUAAUCACCGUUGCCUAUUUAUUGACCUGAUUGCCCCACAAGGGGAGAAAGCCCUUACCAAAGGCUUUAUUCAACUUUUUUGAUUCCAGUUAUCUAAAAAAAAAAUAUAUUACUGAAAACAUUGUAUGCUCUGUGAGACAUACACAGAAAAUGGCUUUUUUCAGAAAAAAAGCUCAUCUAAUCUCUGCAGCUGUGAUCCUGAAAUCACUUAGUCAAAACACACUAUGUAUUUUACUGUAUUUGCUGUAUAGCUGAUUGGUAAACGAGAAGCAUUUGCCACCCAUUAUUUUCUUGAGGUAUGGAAUGCAUGCAUAUGUGAGUGGGUGAAUGUACAUGAAGGAGAGAAUAGGCAAAAUCAAUGUAAGAUGAGGAAGGGCAUGAAUGAAAAUAUUUGUAAGUGCAAGAACUCAGGAGAAUGGUGGAAAAAGUAAGUGUGAAAGCCAAAGAAGUGAAUGAGAAACUGAGGAAUUGGAGUAGGGAGUGAUAGACAGGAAGUGCAGUUAAGAAUGUUAAGUAGUAAUAAAUGAAUGUAAUAAAUAAAUGAGUAGUUAUAAAUGAAUGAUGGAUUUGUGUAUGGAAGUGUGUGUGUGCAUGGGUGUGUGGGGUAAGUUCAUGUAUGCUGUAUAUAUGUAUGUAUGUGUGCAUGAAUAAGCAUAUGAAUAAGAGAACAAAUGAUGGUGUUUGUAUGUUAAUGUAUAGAUAUAUAUCUUUAUAUGUAUUAUUCAGUCAAUAUAUAUGUGUGUGUGUGUGUGUGUGUGUGUGUGUGUGUGUGUGUG